UUCCCGUCCAAGAAAGUUUGCAAAAAAUUGCUGAUAGCUUAAAAUUUAUCAACAUUCAUUCCUACGAAAGCGAUCGAUCACUUCUCCCACAGGCACCUCGUCUCAAAACAUGACAUAUUGAAUGAGAGAACCUCUCUAUAUUCCGUUGGGUUUUAUUUUUUGUUGAGUAAACAUUCGACAAACAGGACAGUGGAAGAAGGAGAAGGAAAAACAAUUCUCAAAAUUAUAGCAAUGGAGUCUCUUAUCACUUGAUUGGUUCAUAAUCGUAAUCACAGGAUAUGGAUGUUAACUCGAAGGUAGAAUUUUUGAAAUUUCACCAAGGAUAUGUACGAGGAGUGGCAUUUUCGCCUGUGGAUCGUUACAUAUUCUGCUCUGGUGCGUAUGAUGGUAAAGUUAAUGUCUACAGUGCAAAGAAAUGCCACCUCUUGGGAAGUUAUCCUGUGACCACUUUGAGUUUAGCAAGGAAUAUCAAAGCUGUUAGAUUUACUACUGAUGGACAUAAGAUCUUAGCAUCCACAAAUGCCAGAAGACUGGUUGUGAUGGAUGUGGAAACAGGAGAACAAAUUGUAUCUUAUGACAACUGUGUAUACAAUGGUCCAGACAGGACUGGUUUAGCAGUAGACAUCCAAGCAGGUCCUAACAUUGCUGCAUGCUGCUGUGUGAACGGACGUGGUUUGUCCAUUUUUGAUCUCAGAAUGCCUCUCCCCUUGGAUUUCAUUUAUGACCUUCAUAAUAAUGUCAUUCGUGACGUGAUGUUUCUUCACGAGAGCUGGCCAUGGUGUAAAGGACAGAAUGCCCUGUUAUCAGUUGCUAUUGAUGGCACUGCAAAGGUAUCAACAAUCGAUGGACGCACAUUACAAAAUACUGAGAUAGGUUCCAUGUUGAACACAGCUGCUCCGACACCAGAACCCUUUGGGUCAAUGGCUGAUGAUGGAUUUUAUAGUCUUAUUAUGUUUGGUGGUGAGCUUCUGACAAGUUUUGUCCCAGAGGUUGGAGUCCAAGAGCGUAUGAGAGAGCAUGGCAAAGAUCCAUUAUGGAAAAUUAAAUAUACUUCCAAUGGAAGCACACUUUUCACUGCAUGUGAUGGAGGAGUGAUCAGAAAAUACAGAAGAUUCCCUGAUCACCAUGAGUUUGUGGAGGAUCUUUUUUGUCAUUCAGAUGAUGUAGAAGAUAUUGACAUUUCACCUUAUGAUGAAUAUUUAGUAACAGCAUCCAAGGACCACAGUGUGGGCGUAUUUAAACUUGGACCUCCCAGUCAUGGUGUCACGGAGUAUGGAGAGAUAAGGUAGUAUUUGAAACACACUGCAGCUUGAAAAUAAAGUUACACUCAGGAAACAAGUAAUGAUUUACAGAAGGCUUUCAGAAGAGACUGUCCUGAACCAGGGAUUUGUGGUACAGAUAAGGUGCUGGCAAGUUGUAUAUUCGCUGGACUACUUGUAAGGAGAAAUGAAGACAAAGGAGAUAAAUGAAGUUUGACAGCUAUGUUAGAUGAUAUGAAUGGUAUCGCAUGGGCUGGGAAUAAAGGCUGGUCAACAGACAGGAAGCAAUCAUCGGAUGAGGUUGAACAUAGGUUAAUUAUCAUGAAUUAUCAAAAGAGAGGUAUGAGUUAUCUGCGGAAGCCAAAGGCUGAGGUGCAUAUUACAGACAGGAGUUUGAUAACUCAUGAUAUCAUGCCAAAACUGAAUUCAAUAAUUGUUUUAUUAUACAUUUUUUAAAUGAUCUGCAACAGAGACACUUUUUUUUUUAAAUCUCUACACUACAUGUUUAUCUAGUCUUUCUCCAGCUGUUUUGUCCUUUUUUAUC